CCCCCACCGGACUACGAGGCCCACAAUCCUCCGAGCUCCCCCCCCCCACCCUCCGCUGCGCGCGCACCCCGGCCCGAGUCACCUUGAUCCCGGCGCCAGCGGAGCCGGUAUGGCGACGGCGGCGGGGGCGGCGAGUGGUCCGGGGAAGCCGAAGACCUCGCCCAAGUCCGUCAAGUUCCUCUUCGGCGGCCUGGCCGGGAUGGCGGCCACGGUCUUCGUGCAGCCGCUGGACCUGGUGAAGAACCGGAUGCAGCUGAGCGGGGAGGGCGCCAAGACGCGCGAGUACAAGACCAGCCUGCACGCCGUGGGCAGCAUCCUCCGCCAGGAGGGGCUGCGCGGCAUCUACACCGGCCUCUCAGCGGGGCUGCUCCGCCAGGCCACCUACACGACCACCCGGCUGGGCAUCUACACCGUCCUCUUCGAGCGGCUGACGGGCCCCGACGGGACGCCCCCCGGCUUCCUCCUCAAGGCGCUCAUCGGCAUGACGGCUGGCGCCACGGGGGCCUUUGUGGGCACCCCCGCCGAGGUGGCCCUCAUCCGCAUGACCGCCGACGGCAGGCUGCCCCCCGAGCAGCGCCGCGGCUACAGCAACGUCUUCAACGCGCUGCUGCGGAUCACCCGCGAGGAAGGCAUCCCCACGCUCUGGAGGGGAUGCGUGCCCACUAUGGCCCGGGCAGUGGUCGUCAACGCAGCCCAGCUGGCAUCCUACUCCCAGUCAAAGCAGUUCCUCAUGGACUCAGGGUACUUCCAAGACAACAUCUUGUGCCACUUCUGUGCCAGCAUGAUUAGCGGGUUGGUGACGACGGCGGCCUCCAUGCCCGUAGACAUUGCCAAGACCAGGAUCCAGAACAUGCGGAUGAUUGACGGGAAGCCCGAGUACCGGAACGGACUGGACGUGCUGGCGAAGGUCGUCCGCUACGAAGGCUUCUUCAGCCUCUGGAAGGGCUUCACGCCCUACUACGCCCGCCUGGGACCCCACACCGUCCUCACCUUCAUCUUCCUGGAGCAGAUGAACAAGUUCUACGGGAAGUUCUUCCUCGGGACCUGAGGGGCCCCGGCUCCCCCCCCCCCCGAUGCCAGCCCUCCCCCCCCCAAGGGAGGGCAGAUGCAAGGCAGAGCCCCCUCCUCUCCUCCCACCGAUCCCCAGCGCAGACGGACUCCUCCUCCCAGGACAGCGGGUGGACGCUAUUUAUUGAGGAAGGGGAGGCGCAGGGGCCCGGGGCCCGUUCUAGGGGGGCUGCAGGGAAAGCAGCCGCCGCUCUUUGCUUUGUACUGAGUAAACGCAAUCAUGCUCCGUGUUGACUGCC